GGUGGCGGAGAUUGUGCUGGUGCUGUCCACAAUGGGGAAGAUGAGGGGCGGAGGGAGGAAUCCCACGUCGGCUGAGACGGCGUUGAUGGCGGAGGCACGUGAGACGUUGGCGGAGAUGUGCGGGGAGAUGACGCCUAAGGAUAUUGUUGGGAGGGAGGCGAUAGGGGAUGUGAUUGAAGAGCUGGGGCUUAAUUCCCACCUCAAAGAACAGAGAUUAGGGUUCAGGGGUAUGGGGAUGUCGAUUUCUCAGAAGGUUUUAUUUUCUAAAAUGAGGAUGGAAGAACCAAAGAAAUUCACUACUCUUGCUACAUAUACAUCUCGGCCAGUGCAAAGCAAUGUUGGUGGAUCCGCUGAAAACCAUGGCUCAUCGAAUGCAGUUCGCAUUUUACCAUCAGAUCGACCAAUUCAUGCAACUGUGUCUUCUGGAGGCACCCCAGUUUCGUCUCAUGUUACAGCAGUGGGUUCAACUCCGUUGGAGCAUCAAUUGCCCACUGGCGGUGUAAAAUGGGCAACAAUGUCCACUGGGCUACCAAGUGGCCAUCUAGGAAAUUCGUCUUCGUUUGCUUAUCCCAGGGUCGACAGACCACAGAUUAAGUUGGAUGGAGGAUCAAACGUGGCUUCUUUUGUUUCCCAUGUACCAGCUAACUCUUCAGCAAGUCAUUCACUCGCCAAUGCUCCCACUUGGUCUAUGCAAGCUCAACCUGCAGCAGUAGGUAAACCUGGGCAAGAGAACAAGGUUUUAGCUCAUCAUCAAACCUUUAGACCAUUCAAUACUCAAACUGCGACCGGAACUUUUCCAAGUGUGCACCAGCCUGCGCAAGGUGUGAACUUUACACAAGCUCCUCCAUUUACUAAUAAUCACAGUGAAAUUGCUCGAAUUGUUCAAAAGUUGUUGCAACCGAAGCUUCCUGCACAUCCUACCUGGACUCCUCCUUCUAGAGAGUAUAUGAAUAAGGCUGUGACUUGUCAAACGUGCAAACUUACCAUUAAUGAAGUGGAAAAUGUGCUGCUUUGUGAUGCAUGUGAGAAAGGAUUUCACUUGAAGUGUUUGCAGUCGAAGGGUAUCCCUAGGGGCGAGUGGCACUGUGCUAGAUGCUUGUCAUUUUGCAAUGGGAAGCCUUUGCCCCCCAAAUAUGGUCGUGUCAUGAGAAGCAUCAAUGUACCCAAAGUGCCCUCUAGUUCAGCCGAAGCUCAGUCAUCUUCAGAGAAGAAAGUGGAAAAUCUGGGUCCCACGCUCAAUCAUGAGAAGGUAACUGCAAAUGGAAGCUCAGCAUUGCAGACUCCUGUCCUGUCCACUACAGUUGACGGCAACUCUGAUGAGUCAGCAUCUGGUUCCAAGGUUCCAAAAGGGAAAUCGACAAUACCUUUGGAGGCUGUAUGCGAUUCACCUUUUGUUGGCACAAUAAAUGAGAAACCUGAAGAACAUUCUCAAAUGACUGAAUCAUCUAAUCAUGAAGAAAAAAAAGAUCAUACAACAUUGUCACAGCCUGCGGAUACAUCAUCUAACACUAUCAGCGACAAGGCAGAUCAUUCACAGCCUUCACAUAACAAUCAAGAUAUCCUAACAGAGCAGCAAAACUGUGCUGAAAUCCCUUCAAAUAAUUGCCAUGAUGGAAGCUCCAGAAUUAAUUAUUUGGAGAAAGGUUCGAAAGGAGAUAUUAACUGCAUUAAACAGAUUAAUCAAAGUGAACAAGAUGCUGCAAAUGCACCAGUAAAUCCUACUGGGAAUUCUGGAGCUAAUACUGUGAUUUCAAGGUUUUCUUCUGAUGGUUUGUGUGCUGUUGAAUGGGAUGGUAACGUACUUCAAGUUGUGGAUGAGAAAGAGUUUUACCAGUCUUGUUGCAUCAAUGGAAUAACUUAUAAAGUUCAUAAUCAUGCCAUUGUUCAUUUUGGCCGGGAUAAACUGAUACCAUCUAAGCUUCAGGCAAUGUGGGAGGAUGCUAAAACCGGGAUAAAGUGGGUGGCUGUCAAAAGGUGCUACUUUCCUAAUGAUUUGCCGGAGGGUGUUGUUCAUCCAUGUGUUCCCGAAACGAGUGAGGUUUAUGAAUCUAAUAAUGAUAGCACCGUAAUGGCAACCUCGAUUCAAUGCCCUUGUGAAGUUCUUCCUGCUGCUAAAUUCAAAGAAGAAAGUGAAAGGCGAAGUCAGUCAGGAAUUGAAGCAACAGAAGGAUUAAGGGCAAUUUUCUUAUGCAAAUGGCUUUAUGAUGAAUUCCAAGGAAGCUUUCAGCCUAUAUCAAGCUAACACAGUUAUGCAUCUUCAUGCCUUUACUAGUUGACAUGGCAAAUGAUAUCACUACUUGGAUCAGGUAA